AUGAAGCUUACUUGGUUUACCCUUGCUAUCGCUGGCUUUACUGCCGCUCAGAGUCUCGACAAUGUUAAUCCAUGCGUCCACUCUUACCUCCAAAAGGCCUUCCCAGCUGUUGGCUGCAAUGGCGACAGCACGCAGAUUGCUACUUGCGCCUGCAAGCCAGACACCCAGGCCAGGCUCCUUGCUCCUGUCACCCAGUGCGUUAUCGAGAACAAGUGCAAUGUUUCUGAUCUUCUCAAGGCUCAGGCCAUCAUGGCCGAGGGUGUAAAAAUGUUUCCUCUGAUUCUUAGUGGUGUUUAG